AUGUCCUUUAUCACUCAAUUCGCUGGAUCCGAUCGAAAAAGGGACCGUCCUCAAGAAUCUCCUGACCAAAUCAAGUCGCUGAGCAUUGCUGAUGUGCAGAAAAUGAUCGACAACUUCACUAAUACUUUUCUCAAAGUGUCCGAUCAAAACGAGAAGCUGGAACAAAUGGUCAUCACACUCACUGCUACCGUCGAAGACCUGAAGUCUACCAUUCUCAAGCUGAGUCAAACACCUCCGCCUGCAAGUCCGAAGCCUUCCUAUGCAGACGUAUUGCGUUAUGACAUUCUGGUUGCCACAAAGGAGGCUCAAUCUGCCCCUCUUCGAGAAAGCUCCUUCGUCAUUCAUAAUUUGGUUAACGAGAAGAAAGACGAAAAAAUCGUGGAAGAAAUUUGUCAACUAUCGUCGGUCGAAAAAGCUCAAGAAAUUUUUCGGCUUGGAAAGUCUACGACUCCUCCACCCCCGCUUCGCGUUCACCUCCAGAACAAGGACGCCGUCGUCAAAGUCUUGAAGAACUUCAACGAGUUGAAAGGCAAAAUUCCGUCUCUGAGGACCGCCUCCGUUCAACGGGAUAUGAGCAAGACCGAGUUGGAGAAGCAUCGGACGGCUUGGAAAGAAGCUGUUCGACGAAACGACGCGGCCGCAUCCAGGAUUUGGACCGUUCGGGACUUCGAGGUUGUCAAGCUGCGUCUCCCAGCCGGCGUCGAACGUCAUCCUUGGUCCGUGCGCUCCCAAGAACCCAAGGCGAAAUUGUGA